AUGGACAGUAAAUUUUCCCAUGCCGUCCUCAAGUUGCUGAAAACAUUAAAUAGCGUUACAAUUGCUGAGGCAUUAGAGAGAGGCUGUCAGCCUUUCUAUGUGGAUAAUAGACAGUUUGGACUUAUAAGGCCAGAUUUCUUCAACCAUUUGAGGGAGUAUGAAAAUAUAUUUGAUGUGAUUGGUGAAAAUAAAGAAGACAAAAUAAAUGAAAAGAAACCUGGAGUUCAUCUUUCGUCAGAGUAUAAGACCUAUAGCGAGCGUACAUCAGCUAUCAAUAGCAUGCUAAAAGAUCUGAGGGAAAAAAAUGUGAUUCAGGCCUUAACAGGAUGGCGAGAUGAGAAUUACAGAAUGAGCCAGAGAUUCACAGAUGAUCCUGUUUUAGAAAUAGAAAGAGCUGGUGCAGGAUUGUUUGGUUUUCUACAGUAUGGGGUUCAUGUCAAUGGCUAUACAAGGGAGCAGAAUGGUGACAUUUGGAUGUGGAUUGCCAGAAGAUCUAAGACUAAGCAGACUUUCCCAGAUAUGUAUGAUAAUAUGUGUGCUGGAGGUUUGGCAGCAAAUCUUGGUAUAUUAGAGUGUGUAAAAAAAGAAUGUAAAGAGGAGGCAAGUGUUUCUGAUGAAAUACUUGGUAAACUGAAGUUUGUAGGAACUAUAAGUUAUUUUUAUGAGGAUGAGAGAGGCCUUUUCCCUGAAUGCCAGUUUGUUUUUGAUCUUGUUCUGCCAGCUGAUUUUAAACCCCUCAAUGCAGAUGGAGAAGUUGGCAGUUUUCAGAAGUGUUCAGUUGCUGAAGUAAAGAAACUUAUGACUGAGGAAAACUUCAAGCCAAACUGUGCUGCUGUCUGUUUAGAUUUUCUUAUACGCCAUGGUCACCUAAACCCAGAUACAGACCCUAACGUUAGUUUCUAUAUAGAACAACUGCAUUCACCUCUUCAAACUUAUUACACAAGGUAG